CCAUAUUGAUUGAUCUGAAUAUAAAUCAAUAUCCAGUUCACAAUAUCGGCAAUAAAAGAACACAUAACAAUUAUUUUAAGUCGAGUUAGACAGGAUUUUACCCGACACUUUUAAUACAGGGAGAAUAGACUAAAAUGGAGGAGAAUAAAACGGGUUUUGAAAAUGUACCAACUGCGAUACGGGCAGUCAAGCAAACAUCAUAUGAAUGCAAACAAAUCAACAAACGAGUCCUUGGUGGACGUAUGCUAAGUUUAUGUGGAAACGAAGGCACAGAGGACGACAGUAACAAUGCUGGGCUCCGGCGAUUGUUUCAGCUGGCAAUAUCCGUCACAGAAAAUGAGUCAGAGAAAACAUUAGAAAAUGCAGAAUUCAAGUUUUAUGACGACGAAUGUAAUAUACGUAUUGUGUAUUCAGGAUCGGCAGAAAACAGAUUUUUGUUUACUUUCAAUGAAAAGCUAGAACCAGACUUUACGGUAAAGCGAAAGUCAGUAUUAUGUGGUCUUGAUGAGAAGAUAAAACGUACAUGGAGAAAAUGGAACCCACUCAACUUUGAUUUUGAUGAAAUUAAUCUUGUUUGAAAUUCAUGUAUUUACUUUAAAGUCAUAUAAUAGUUCUUCAUUUUCAAUCUAUUCAUUGUUUGGUCCAUCAGAACAUUCUUGCAGAAGAUAUGACAACUUCUUAUACCACAGGAAAGCUUAGAAUUGUUCCAAAGAUACUAGUAGUGACACCUCUGUGUGUUUUCCGACAUAUUAUAGGAUGGUACUUGUCACAUAUAUAUACAUUUUUACUCCUGAAAAUCUGCACAAGCAGUGAAACCGGUUGAGUUCUUUUAUAUUUAUCAUUGGACAGAAUCUGAAUAAACCGCAUAUGUAAUAUUAGUGGAUCUCCCUCACUUUCUAUUUUAUUCCUGUAUGUUUUCAUCCAAAAAAGUGUAGAGUAAAAAUAUAUAUAACA